AUGCAAGGAAAUAUCACGGACCGUAGUAAACUUCGCAUGGAGCGGCUCAGGCUGGAAGAGCUGGAGCAGCAGCGUUGGGAACAAGAGGCACUUGUCAUGCCUGAGGCGAUAGACGAACCACCUCCCACUCCAAAACCAAAUUAUCCCGACCUCAACGACUUCCCUGAUGAGCCUGAGUACGCUCAACGACCACAAACGCCCUCACCUUAUACUAUUUCAUCUCUCACUGGGCUGGCCUCUUUCGCACCUGGAGAAACCAUUCGAGUAUCUCGACCCCCAAACAAAAUCCCUCGACCUCCCUUACUACCCGCAAACCAGCCCACCAGCAUGCCACACCCAGAUUCGAAUAUGUCAAGAUACUCUGACCAUCCGUCAUCUUCACCGCCCACACUCUUUCACAUGUCACCUAGUCCACCAAACGACGCUCGUUAUGUCUUCGGUGUGCCAGUGUUCUUGUUCCUGGUCCUCCCUUGUUAUGUUGCACCCGUAACAAAGCAGAUGACGUGGACGAAUCUCGAGCGGCCCUGCAGAGCUGUCUCCCUGAUCAUCCUCAUCGAUCAGCAUCUCAACAAUCUUGCCGUCAGCCUCCGAGACAGGUUCAAGCAGCAUGGCGUCCUGUCUGACCUUGAUGAAGCUAUUGAGCUCCAUAGGGCUGCAUUGGCGCUCCGUCCGCCUGGUCACCCUAGUCGAUCCUCGUCUCUCAAUAACCUUGCCAGCAACCUUCGAGCUAGGUUCGAGCAACGAAGAGUGUUGUUUGACCUGGAUGAGGCCAUUGAACUCCAUCGGGCUGCACUGGACAUCUGUCCCCCUGGCUAUUCCGACCGUUUCAUGUCGCUCAACAAUCUUGGUAUCAACCUUCAAGACAGAUUCCAACAGCGGGGUGUCUUGUCUGACCUCGAUGAGGCUAUUGAACUCCAUCACGCAGCAUUACUCCUCCGCCCCCCUGGUCAUUCUGAUCGUUCCAUGUCUUUCGACAAUCUUGCUGUCAGUCUUGGACACAGAUUUCAGCAGCGGGGUGUCCUGUCUGAUCUCGACGAGGUCAUCGAGCUUCAUCGAGUUGCACUACUCCUCCGUCCCCCGGGUCAUUCUCUGCAAACCUCGUCUCUCAACAAUCUUGCCAUCAGUCUUCGAGACAGAUUCCAGCAGCGGGGAAUUCCAUCUGACCUUGAUGAGGCCAUUGAGCUCCAUCGGACUGCACUAGCGCUCUGCCCUCCUGACCAUUCAGAUCGUUCCAUGUCUCCUGACAAUCUUUCCAUUCGAGACAGAUUUCAGCGGUCUCUCAAUGAUCUUACUGUCAGCCUUCGAGACAGAUACCAGAAGCGGGGUGUUCUGUCUGACCUUGAUGAGGCCAUCGAACUCCAUCGAGCCGCACUACUCCUCAGCUCCCCUGGUCACUCUCUACGAACCUCGUCUCUCAACAAUCUUGCUAUCAGCCUUCGAGAUAGAUUCCAGCAACAGAGCAACCUUCUUGCCAUCAGCCUUCGAGACAGAUUCAAGCAUCAGGGUGCUUCAUCUGACCUGGAUGACGCGAUUGAGCUGCAUCGCGCUGCGCUGCAGUUCUGUCCCCCCGGUCAUUAUCUUAGAACUUCUUCUCUCAACCAUGCUGCCGUCAGCCUUCAGGACAGAUUCCAGCAGCGGGGCAUUCCGUCUGACCUAGAGGAAGCAUUUAGGCUCUAUUUGCAACUCUCCCACCUAUCUCAUGCAGUCUCUCGAAGCGAUCUUAAUCAACAUGUUACCUCUUUGUCGUCUUCUUCACGCCAUUUCGAUGUCGUCAGGGAGGCCACUUCAUCCCUUGCCAUGGAUGCCUUCUCAUGCAGCGUUCGUCAUGGUGCAUUCACGACUGCUGUGGAAUUGGUGGAGCAAGGCCGUGCGGUAUUCUGGACCCGGUUAUCACGCUUCCGCACACCGCUCGAUGAACUUUCUGCAUCGGGUGACACUGGCGCAGCCUUGGCGGAAGAGUUCAAGCAACCGAGCUUCCGCCUUCGUAAGCCGUUCGAUCAGUCAACCGAAGACCAGUCCCCACAAAUCCGCCAACUGACCAUGCAAUGGGAGGAUGUUGUCUCGCGCAUCCGCAUCCUCCCUGUUUUUUCUCGAUUUCUACUACCUCCACUGUUUUCUGGCCUCCAGAAGGCAGCCGAAGAAGGUCCAGUCAUCAUUGUCAAUGCCAGUCAGUACAGCUGUGACGCUUUGAUUAUCUCGAGCGUCCAAGAUCCUAUCUACGUUCCACUUGAUAUCGCAUGGACCGAAGUCUCCGAGUUAUCCUCCGAGUUUCAGUCCCUCACGGGCCAAUUUGGUUCUUCUGAGCAUCAACACGAGCUGGUCAGCAUCCUCCGCAAGCUUUGGGAUCAUAUUGUUGACCCUGUGGUUCAAGCUCUUAGGGAGUCACGAGUUCAUCGCGGCUCGCGGAUCUGGUGGUGUCCAACAGCUGAGUUCGCGCUGCUUCUGCUCCAUGCAGCAGGACCGUACGAGAAGAAGAAGGACAAUUUGUUUGACAUUUACAUUUCUUCUUACACUCCGACUUUGGUGACGCUUAUUCGUGCCAGACAGCAGGUUUCUCGAGAUGCGCUCCUGCAGCAUUUUGUUGCUAUCGGUCAAGGGAACCUAGACAAGGGAAAGAACUUCGUUGUGUUGCUCCCGAGCUAG